CCUUGUAUUUGCUCUCCACUGAUAAAAAGGGUAUUUCAUCUUGUGAAUUAGCAAAAAAGUUAAAUAUUACUCAAAAAUCAGCAUGGUUCGUAUUACAUCACUUACGCUGUGCUUCUGACCUCCCUGAAUUUAAAACCAUGUUAAAAAACAGUGUAGAAAUUGAUGAGACCUUUAUUGGUGGUAAGAAUAAGAAUAGACACAAAGAUAAAAAGGCUUAUAAGGAUUUAAGUAAAUGGUUUAAGCAUGGAAUAGUUAACCAUAGAAUUAAGCAAUAUGUAAAUGGUAAUGCUACCACUAACUCUAUUGAGAAUGUAUGGUCUCACUUAAAAAGAACCAUCACUGGAACCUAUCAUUGA